AUGGCGCGCAAAACCUACAACAUCGCCAUGGUUAGCGACUUCUUCUUCCCCCAACCCGGCGGCGUCGAGUCUCACAUAUACCAACUCUCGAGCAAACUCAUCGACAGAGGCCACAAGGUCAUCAUCAUCACGCACGCCCACGAUGAUCGCAAGGGAGUCCGCUAUCUCAACAACGGCCUCAAGGUCUAUCAUGUGCCGUUUCUAGUCAUCUAUCGGCAGGCAACCUUUCCUACCGUCUUCUCCUUUUUCCCCAUUCUACGAAACAUCUGCAUCCGUGAGCAGAUUGAGAUUGUCCAUGGCCACGGCAGUCUUAGUUCGCUCUGCCACGAAGGCAUCUUGCAUGCAAGAACCAUGGGGCUGAGGACUGUGUUUACCGAUCAUUCGCUCUUUGGGUUUGCGGACGCUGCCAGUAUCUUGACAAACAAGCUACUCAAGUUUAUUCUCAGCGACGUGGAUCAUAGCAUAUGCGUGAGCCACACCUGCAAGGAGAAUACUGUGCUUCGUGCAUCACUAGACCCUCUCAUGGUAUCAGUCAUUCCCAAUGCCGUCGUGGGCGAAAACUUUCGGCCUCGCGACUAUCCAGCACCGUCAGACCAGGGAGGAGGCUUCAGGUCCGAGCCAUCCCCUCGCCUUCUCGGCCCCGACGACAUGAUCACCAUCGUCGUCAUCUCCCGUCUCUUCUACAACAAAGGCACAGACCUUUUAACCGCCGCCAUCCCCCGUAUCCUGGAGAACCACCCCAACACCCGAUUCAUCAUCGCCGGCUCAGGCCCCAAGGCUAUUGACCUGGAGCAAAUGAUUGAGACCAACGUGCUACAAGACCGCGUCGAGAUGCUCGGCUCCAUCCGCCACGAGGACGUGCGCGACGUCAUGACCCGCGGCCACAUAUACCUUCACCCUUCCCUUACCGAAGCCUUUGGCACCGUCAUCGUCGAAGCUGCCUCGUGCGGCUUAUACGUCGUGUGCACCCAAGUCGGCGGCAUCCCAGAAGUCCUCCCAUCGCACAUGACGACCUUUGCAAAGCCCGAAGAGGACGACAUCGUGGCCGCCACGGGCAAGGCCAUCACCGCCAUGCGGGCGGGGAAGAUCCGCACCGAAAAGUUCCACGACGAGGUCAAGAAGAUGUAUUCGUGGUCCAACGUCGCCAUGCGCACCGAGCGCGUGUAUGACGGCAUCUGCGGGACUAUUAGCGAGGAGGAGUUUUACGGCUUCGAUACUAGCGGUUAUAACGGGAGCCGCAUACGAGACUUUGCGCUCAUUGAUAGGCUGAAGCGGUAUUAUGGCUGCGGCAUCUGGGCUGGUAAGCUGUUUUGUCUGUGCGUUGUCGUGGAUUACUUGUUCUUCUUGUUUCUUGAGUGGUGGUUCCCCAGGGAGAAUAUCGAUGUUUGUCCGGAUUGGCCGCGGAAGUCGCCUGCAAAGGACAAGGCGCAGGACUCGAUGAAGAUUGCACUGAGCAAUCGAUCAACUUCAUCGAUUAGAGUUCCCAAGUUGGAUAGGUGA